AUGCUGUCAAGACGUCCGGUCCGGCUCGCCAUUGGCGUUGCACGCCAUGCUCACCGAGCUCUGAGCGCACCAACUCGCUCAUACCGCGCCGCAUCUCACUCGGUCUUCCAGGAACAGCACAGCGUGCUGCCCAACAACCUCGACGCUUCCUCGGACGAGUUCAGCGCCAACAAGGCCUACAUGGACGGACUCGUGACCAAGCUCGAUGCGACACACGCCAAGCUUGCGCUCGGUGGCACUGAAAAGGCACGCGCUCGUCACAUCUCCAGGGGCAAGAUGCUGCCGCGCGAACGUGUCGCCGCCCUGCUCGACCACGGUUCGCCCUUCGUCGAGCUCUCGCCGAUGGCUGCCUACAACAUGUACGGCAACGACGACAUCCCGGGCGCCGGCAUGAUCUCGGGUAUCGGCCGCGUCUCGGGGACCGAGUGCAUGAUCGUUGCCAACGACCCCACCGUCAAGGGAGGAAGCUACUACCCGAUCUCGGUCAAGAAGCAUCUCCGCGCCCAGGCCAUCGCGCGCGAGAACCGUCUUCCCUGCGUCUACCUCAACGAGAGCGGAGGUGCGGCAUUGCCCCACCAGGCCGACGUGUUUCCGGACGAGAACCACUUUGGCAGGAUCUUUUACAAUAUGGCGCAGAUGUCGGCGCUCGGCAUCCCGCAGAUCUCGGUGGUGCACGGCAUCAGCGUUGCUGGAGGCGCCUACGUGCCUGCCAUGGCCGACGAAACGAUCAUCGUACGCAACCAGGGCACCAUUUUCCUCGCCGGCCCUCCGCUGGUCAAGGCCGCCCUCGGCGAGGUUGUCGAUGACGAGACGCUGGGAGGAGGCGAGAUGCACUGCAGCGAGUCGGGUGUGACGGAUCACCUGGCCAUCGACGAUGCCCACGCCAUCACGCUGGCACGAGAGGCGGUGGCCAACCUGGGCCGCUGCGGCCGUUCGAAUGCGGCGCUUACCGAUGCUUCGUUCGAGCAGCCUCUCUACGACGCUUCCGAGCUGCACGGCAUCAUCCCCGAAAACGCACGCAAGCCGUUCGACAUGCGCGACGUGAUUGCGCGACUUGUGGAUGGCUCGCGCUUCCACGAGUUCAAGAAGCUCUACGGCAGCACCAUCGUCACGGGCUUUGCCAAGAUUGCGGGCCAGGACGUCGGCAUCAUCGGCAACAACGGCGUGCUCUUCGGCGAGUCGGCCAAGAAGGCGACCAGCUUCAUCCAGCUCUGCAACCAGCGACAGACGCCGCUGGUUUUCCUCGUCAACGUCACCGGCUACAUGGUCGGCACCAAGGCUGAACGAGGAGGAAUCGCCAAGGAUGGCGCCAAGAUGGUCCGAGCGGUGGCGUGUGCCAACGUCCCCAAGUUCACCGUCAUCGUGGGAGGCAGCUUCGGUGCGGGCAACUACGGCAUGUGCGGGCGCGCGUACAGCCCUCGCUUCCUGUGGAUGUGGCCCAACGCCCGCGUGGGCGUGAUGGGCGGCGAGCAGCUCAGCUCGGUCAUGGGCACCGUCAGCAGCGACAAGUCCAAGUCGGAAGGCCUGCGCGCCAAGAUCGAGGAGCAGUGCGAGCCAGAAUACGCCACCGCGCGACUCUGGGACGAUGGCAUCAUCCGACCGCAGGACACUCGCAGCGUGCUUGCGCUCGGCCUGAGCGUGGCCAACACGGGACGAUGGAGAAGCUCGCAGCGCGGCGAUGCCGGUGGCUCGCGACACCCGGCCUGGGACGGCAACAACUACGGAGACGGCGUCUACCGGUAA